UGGUUUGUUUCUCUCUGUGUGUCUCCUUAACAUUAUGAUCACUUUUUAAUCACUGUCCAUUCCUGCUGCCCCACGGAGAGGAUGUUCAGAAGGUUUUAGAGCAGUGGAAAGAGUAUAAGAUGGGUGUGCCGACAUUUGGGGCCAUUAUUCUUGAUGAAACGCUUGACCAUGUGUUAAUGGUCCAGGGUUAUCUGGCCAAGUCUGGCUGGGGUUUUCCUAAAGGGAAAGUCAAUGAAGACGAGGCUUUCCAUGACUGCGCCGUGAGAGAAGUUUUAGAGGAGACGGGCUUUGAUAUCCGAGAUCGUAUAUGCAAAAAGACGUAUAUCGAGCAGAGAAUUUUAGAUCAGUUGGCCCGAUUGUACAUUAUCCCGGGAGUUCCUAAAGACACCAAGUUUAACCCCAAGACCAGGAAAGAAAUAAGGAACAUUGAAUGGUUCCCGGUGGAUAAACUGCCGUGCCACAGGAACGACAUGACUCCUAAAUCCAAGCUUGGACUGGCGCCCAACAAGUUUUUUAUGGCUAUUCCGUUUAUGAGGCAGCUCAGAGAGUGGAUCGCCAAACACAAAGGAGAGUCGACGAGCAGCGAUGAGGAUUUUGCGUCCAAUGGCAGCACACCAUGCAAACCAUUCCGCUCAAAGCCCAGAAAAUCUCAGAUGUUGGUGGAAGCGUCUCCAGUAUCGGCUGACAGCUGGGCAAAGCAGAAACCACAGAAAGCUGCUGGACAAACCUCCCAGAGUGAGCUUGUAGACAUGCUUAAACCCAAGAAUAAUGUGAAAGGCAAUGGCAAGAAACACCAAGAGUCUCCAACCCUGAAGAAACGAGCUAAUGGUGUCAGUCAGCAGCAGAAAGAUGACAAGAAACUUCAGCCAAGGCGACUGCAGGAUAACUUUGACACAGCUGCUGAUGGCUAUAAUGGACAGGCAGACUUGUGUUGUGAAGAAUAUGAACACAUCCUCUCCUCACGCUCCUUUCUCAGCUUCAAAUUCGACAGGGAGGCCAUCAUGAAAACCUGCUUUGAGUCCUGAAGAUCUGUCUCUGCUUUUUAAAAGAUUUGAUGCAGAAGAUUUUGCUUUGGAUCUUCUGCCCUGUGAAACCUGUUAUUGGAGAGGCAUUGUGUGUUGGACCAAGAUUAAAGAUAUAUCAAAAUAUUCCUUUUUACACACACUAAUGUCAGUUCCUAUCAAUCUGGAUCUGGAAUGCUGUUAGCUUGAGUUCUUUGUAGACUUCAUAUUUUAUGCUAAAACUUGUGCCCAAUCAUGAGGGCAUCAAACAUUUGUGUCUCUAAAGAAGUUGUUCUUGGUAAACUUGCUCUUAGUGAUCUGUUAUGAAACUGGUUUGUCUAAAACACAUUUAUCAAUAAUUUGGUUCAGAGCCCUUGAAGUACUCUUGUUUCAUUGUGAACAAAUGUUACAAUAAUAAUCAGUCCAGCUGUGUGUUGAAUUUCUAUGGCUGAAGUCAUCUCAGUAUUCAUUGUUUGCUGUUUUUGCUGUGUUUUUCUUACAACCUUGCAAUUCUAAGAAGCUGUUCAGAAAGCAUGCUUUUAGAACGUCACAUGACUGGUACUGUA